GUAGGCCCCCCGGUUUUUGUAAGUAUACAUCACAUCAGCCAUGCAGCUACAAAGGAUCCAACCUUUUGGUGCAGCGUCUCGGCCGAGCGCGAGACCAGCUCGCGUUCCUGGAUGUGGUGCGCUUCCCGCUCGCCGAGUGGGCCGAUGCCGCGCGGUGACGGUUCAGGCAAGCGCCAAGGCGGGUGAGCUGCUGGAGAAGGCCAAGAAGAAGUACGAGGAGGGUGACCGCCUGCAGGCCAUGAACCUGUACGAGGCGGCCCUGAACGAGGAGCCGACCAUUGAGCAGAAGCGCGCGGCGCUAUUUGGCGUGACGGCUGUGCACGCCUCGUUUGGGGAUGUGGAGCUGGCGCAGAUGACCCUCCGAGAGGGCAUCCGCAACGGACUGGAGUAUGAGAAGGCGCUGGAGGACCCGACCUAUGUGACCAUGGUCACCUCGCAGCAGAUCACCAUCCAGCUGCGGCGGUUUGCGCAGCAGUUGGCCAUCGCCAUGGCCAACCGCCCGCCCACCGAGCGCCCGUACGGCAGCACCGCCCGCCGCGCCGGCUCGGGCGGCGCCGUGCCCGACCUGGACGCCAUCCUGGGCAGCUCCAGCGGCGACACGGCGGAGGUGGACACGUCCGUGCUGGGCAUCAUCCGGCGGGUGAUCAUCGUGGUGUUGGUGGGCGUGGGCCUGGGCGUGGGGCUGUGGUUCCUGGGCCUGGAGUACAUGUUCCCAAAGGACAUGUGAGCGGACGAGCCGGAGCAGCAGGAGAACGGGCGAGCAGGCGAUCAGGAGGAGCGUGUAGGCGUGUAGAGGAGGAGGACGCCCGAGGACAGGGGAGCGGAGCGGGGCUGGCAGGCUGCGAUCAGCAGAGCGACGGUAGCAUCCCAGAGGCCGAGCAAGUCGCACGUGUGAGGGCGGGUUUUGAGGCUGUGAGAGGGAAUCCCUCGUGGGAGCGAGAGGGCCCAGCAGAGGCAACUGAGCCGGCCCGUGAUGCGUGGCUACCUAUAGGGGGCAGGGCACGGGGGUGCAGCAAGAGCCGCGGCGUUCAGGGAGGACGGCGGCCAGCACUUGGCAAUGGGGCCACAGGGCAAUGGGUGCCGCGAGUGAGGCUCUGAGCGACGCUCUGUUUUGCAUCAACGACGGUUACCAGGGGCGGGUUUCGGACUGCUAGCGAACCUUAGGACCAUGUUUUUUGGCGGCGCACAGGGAGCAUCAAGCUCGCACGGUGUGUGGGGCGUAUGCUUUGUAUGACGAGUGCAUUUCGGGGCUGGCAUGGCGCUGCCCCCGAGGGCAUUGUGGGGCAUGGGGCGGCAACCCCAGAAGCCUGUUGCCUAAUGGGGAGGGCUGCGUGCAAACACAACGGCGCUGUCCUGAUUGGGAAAGCGCGUGAGUUAUGCGCCGCGCCAGGGCAUUCUUGCCCCUGCAUGCCGUGCAGGGUCUACCCCUAUGGCCUGUAGGAUGGAAGCGGUGGCAACCCAGGACUCAUGAACGCCGUGCUUGCAUCGCUGACAGUUGUUUGUGACGCCGCUGUGGACGGGACACUCGACGAUGCGUCAACCAGCGGCCGGCGGCCGGCUAGCAGGUGCGGCGCCCGGGUAGCAGUGACGGUAGCCGACACCGGCAAUGGGUUAUGGGUCUGGCUGAACGAAAUUACGGUAUUGAUGAUAGCGGGACUCUGCGAGUUAAGACCUAAGCCGCCGACUUGGUGUGCAGUUGCCGCACUCAUACACUGUGCCGUGAGCGCUUCGGCCGCCUUGGAGCAAGCUGAAGGAAGCGUAAAGGAGGGCGCAUCCA